AUGUCACGGAGAAAAAUCAACUUACUACACACACCACAUAUUUCCCUCCCGCCUGAUCCUCGGCGUCUCCGAGCCAACGCGCCGAUCUUUUCUCCUACUUGUCCGCCGGCAGUAAUCAAGAAACUCAAAACUAAUAAGAAGCUCCACGCCAAUCUAUCUCUCUCCCUCUAUUCAAAUAAAUUAUCUAUGGCUGCUCUCUACUCGUUAAUCUCAGCCACUCCUCUCUCCGUUUCACUGCCGAAUCACCACGUGUUACACACUCGCCGCCGUUUCCGGUUUCCGUUAGCAACACUUGCCUCGUCGUCUCCGGAGUCAUCGGCAUCAUCGACCCCUAUCUCGAUUCCCGUUAACGGGAACUCUAAUGGAACAAGUCGCGAUAAGGGUGCGGUUGAUAACAGCCCAUUUGCUCGCUUCUUUCGUUCCACCGAAUCCAACGUUGAGAGGAUCAUAUUUGAUUUCCGGUUCUUGGCGCUCUUGGCAGUAGGAGGUUCUCUUGCUGGUUCGCUACUCUGCUUCCUCAAUGGGUGUGUUUACAUUAUGGAAGCGUAUAAAGUCUAUUGGACUAACUGUGUCAAAGGCAUCCACACCGGCCAAAUGGUUUUACGCCUGGUCGAAGCUAUAGAUGUUUAUUUGGCCGGGACAGUUAUGCUAAUAUUUAGUAUGGGUUUGUAUGGACUCUUCAUCAGCAACUCCUCUCCUGAUGUCCCUCCUGAAUCCGAUCGUGCCCUAAAAGCCUCUUCUCUCUUUGGAAUGUUUGCCAUGAAGGAGAGACCGAAAUGGAUGAAGAUCAGCUCGCUGGAUGAGCUGAAAACCAAAGUUGGACAUGUCAUUGUUAUGAUUCUUCUUGUGAAGAUGUUCGAAAGAAGCAAGAUGGUUACUAUAGCCACCGGAUUGGAUUUGCUUAGUUAUUCCAUUUGCAUCUUCUUGUCCUCUGCUUCUCUCUAUAUCCUCCAUAAUCUCCACAAAGGAGAGCACUGA